AUGACAUCUCCCACCACGAAAAAUAUACUUGUUCUCGGGGGCGGCAUCUCGGGAUUACAAACGGCGGUUUCGUUGCUUGAUUUUUCCUGUAAUAAUGAAGCCCCAGAGUAUAAAAUUAACCUCACACUCCUGGCGAAAUAUCUACCUGGUGAUAAGAGUGAAACGUAUUGUUCACCAUGGGCGGGAGCAGAUUGGAGGAGUCAUGCUUCGAAACCUGGUGCUUCUAUUGGGUGUACAGAGGGGCAGGAUGGAAAGGAAAAGGGAGAUGAAGGGAAAGAGAAAGAGAAAGAGAAAGAGAAAGAGAAAGAGAAAGACGAAAGACUCAGAAAAUGGGAGGAGAGAACGUAUCGUAAGUGGAAGAGUAUGAUUGUAGAGAAUGGGGAUGUGAAGGCAGCGAUAGGAAAGGAGAUGGGAGUGGCAAUUACACCCUCGAUAUACUAUCUCGGAUCUACAUACCACGGAGCGGAAAUCGACGAGAAUGGUGUGUGGUUUGAGGAUGUGGUGGGGGGGUAUAGAGAAUUGGAUGUUGGGCUGCAGGAAAAUAAGCUAAAGGGAUCUUUGGGGAAAGGAGUCAGAAAAGGUGUACAGUUCGAAACGGUGUGUGUGGAUGUGGAUAUUUAUCUGGGGUAUUUAGUUCACAGAAUAGAACAGCUGGGAGGGAAGAUUAUCCGUGGGGAAAUUGAGACGAAGGAGGGAUUAGAGGGUGUGGUGCGUGGAUGUAGAGAUAUGCUUGCGGGCGAGAAAAUCGAUAUACUGAUUAAUUGCACGGGACUCUCUGCCGCGCACUUUGUGGGGAAAGAGGAGGCGGAGAAGAUGUUUCCGGUGAGAGGACAGGUUUUGUUGGUGAAAGGGGAAACGAGGGCAAACACAUGGAACGCCAAACCCGACCAUGAAUUAUCAGCUAGGAUAAUCCAGAGAUUGAAAGACAUAGGAUGGGCCGAAGAUUUGCAGAAUGAGAAAGGGGAGAUAGAAGUGCAGGAUACGUAUGUGGGGUUUAGACCUGGGAGGAAGGGGGGUGCGAGGGUUGAGAUUGAGGGGAAUGGGGAAGGGGAUGGUGGGAGAGAUGGAAAAGGAGAUGGAAGAGCAAAGAAAAUAGAAGGUGUCUAUGUCAUUCAUAAUUAUGGACAUGGGAGUGGAGGAUAUCAAUCUAGUAUUGGGUGUGCGGAAGAAGUUGUUGAGUUGGUUCAGGGAUUGGAAUGA